AUGCCAAGAUUAGCCAAGCGAGUCACCUCGUUCUUUCCAGGGAAAGGACCAACGGAAUCAUCAUCAGCAUCAUCAGCAUCAUCAGCAUCAGCAACAUCAGCAGCAGCAGCAGCAGCAAAGACUAAUAAUCAGGUUCCUCCAAGAAACAGCAUCGAUAGUACCGACAUUGACGGCAGUAGUAGCCAUCUUCGCGUGAAUGAUGAUGAUGAUGAUGAUGAUACCCCAUCAGUCGGAGAAGAACUAACUUCCGCACCCUGUCUAUCCUCACUGUUAACCGCCACUUCGGAACGCAAUCUCCCUCCUGAUGGUGGUGGUGGUGGUGGUGAUGGUAGGAUGAUCCUACAGUCCGCAGUAAGGAUGACGAGUCAACGUCAUACGCAACAAGGACCCAAAAAGAGUAUAUUGAAAAGCACCACCUCUUCGAUUUCUACCAUUAUGAGCGACAGUGUUGCGAGUGGUGGUGAUGCAUACUUUACCACUUCUUCUUCUUCUUCUUCUAUUUCUUCGAGUCGUCGAGAUCCCAAUAAUACUACCAAGCUAUUAUCCUUCACGUCGAUUCAUGUUCGAGAAUACCCAGUCUUGAUUGGGGACAAUCCUUCGGUGGGACAAGGCGUCCCUUUGACGAUUGGUUGGGAACCUCAAACAGAAGAAUCCUACCAGGUGGAAGACUUUGAAAGCAACCAUAGAGCAGAACCUGUGUUGUCAUUGAAGGAAAUGAAAUUCACGGAGGAAGAACGAGCCCAGAUUGCCAAGAAUUUGGGAUAUUCCGACGGCAAGAUCAACAAAAUUGCGCAUCAUGUCAAGUUUAGUACAUUGACCCGCAAGAAGAAGAUAAUACGAACCUUGCAUUUGGAUGUAAUGAAAACCUCAUUCCGAUCAGGACUGACCAAGGUUUCCAAUUCUUCUCGCAAACUUUUGGGGACCAAACAUGAUGAUGAUGAUAAUAAUGAAGGAAUGGGAGAUGAUGACAAUGGGGAUGAUCGGGAUGAAAUGGCAUUUUAA